GAAAAUUUCAGUUUGUUACAAUGGAGGUCCUAACAAGAUAUGUCAUGAUAUUUGAGAUGUCAAUUGUGCUUGUCCAGUGUUUACCACCAGCCAUCAGUAGCCAAACAGGCGUCGGACAAACCAACAAAGCCUAUGAUAUGUACGACUCGAACGAUAGUGUUUCGAUUAUAACGUCAUACGACACCGAUCAGUUGGACGCUCCAGGUGAAUGAUAACUACAAAUGCAAGAAAUUUGUGUUUUAUAUCUAAUAUAAACUUUCUUAUCAUAGAAUUACAAAUCUAGGUAAGCUUAUAGUGGGGUCAAAUUAAAAGUGUUACGAUAAAAAAGUCUAUAACGAGAUAAAAAGUAUUAAAAAGAUAAAAAGUACUGACGAGAUAAAAAGUCAUAAUAACAAGAUAAAAACUCAUUUUGAUACCUAUCUAUUGCAUAAUUUUCAAAUUUUAUGCAUUUUUAUUCGUGUAUAUAUUUGGUCCUGGAUUAAUUAUUUACGUUCAAUAUUAUAUUAUACAAUGAAUUUUGUAAACUGAACGAACGUCACAAUAGAGUCAAAGUAAUCCCCGGGCAUUUACAGUGCAGACAUUUAUGGUUCAGUAAAAAGCAACAGAAUGUGCAUGUAUAUACAUGUAGGAAAAAUAUCAAAAUAUGUAACACUAGAAUGAAACAAGUUGAUAAUCUAAUAAAUGAAUUCUGGUUUGGUCAAUUAUGACUCCUCUAAAGUGACUUCACGGUCCUCCUCCAAUCUCAUAAUAAACUGGUAAUGUCAUCUCAUUAUACAGACAGAAAGUCGUUAUUACGAUUUUUUAUCUCGUAAUUAAGACUUAAAACAUUUUUGUCAUACCUCCAAUUUGACCUCAUUAGGCUUUCGUACAAAUUCAUGUAAUUUGAACUUAAAAUACUAGUAUCUGAGGCACAUGAAUUUGAAGAAAAUAUAUAUAGAAUACCAUUAUAUGAAAUUCCAGAAAAGUCCGAAUGUCAAUUUCUGAGGUGUAACUUUGGGCGGAGACAGGCGUGGGUUUGCUCUGGAAGAAAGGACGGAAUUCGAUAUUGUGCAUGUGAUGAUGUGUGCUACGUAUUCAGAGAUUGUUGUGAGGACAGCUUCGAUAGCGAUAAAUUUCGUCAGUACAUAGAUGAUCCAGAAAAGGAACUUAGUGAAAGUGAAUAUGAUUACAUGCUUAAAGUUCAUAAAUAUAGCGAAUGUAUAAACAUAAAAGUUAAACAUGCUGUUGGAAUGUUUACAAAAAUAUUAACUAUUAAAGUCAUAAAUAGAUGUCCUUCUCAUUAUGACGGCGAUCUUCGAGCAAAGUGUUUUUCCAAUCUCCAUAUUCUGAACAUUUUAACACAUGUUAAAUUUGGAAUAUACGAUUUGAUAUUCAGAAAUCCGUAUUGUGCGCUCUGCCAUGGAUAUCAAGAAGACGAUAUUCGUUUAUGGACAUCGACUAUCUACUGCCCGCCCAAGUAUGUAAACAUCCCGAAACAUGACUUCCAGCAACUUUCCAAACACUGUGAACUUGUUCACACCUUCAAGGAAGAUCAGAAACUUCGGUACUGCGUUGACCCGAUCGCGUCUUUGAAAUUCCCUGAGGUGGAUCAAACAGAAACUGCUAUUGACCAUAUUUUAUGUAAUGGAUACAUUUCAAUUCUUCUCGAUGAAACCGAGAACAUCUACUUCCGAAACAAACACUGCGCUUUAUCAGCUCAACGUAACCUUUCCACGCUUGUGCUAGUUGCAGAGCUUCGCCCAUCUAUGGUAAUAAAUCAAAUGGGUAUGAAUAUCAUGUUCCAUUUUACAGGAAUUAAAUUUGAGAUUAGUGGUGCGGCUAGUAGGUGUUACGGAGACUUCACCUUUGACCCUAUUACCAAGUUCUGCGCCAAUCUCAUCUGCCCAGAUGGAUUUAUUAAAAAAGAGCAAUUAUGUGUAUAUAACGACCCUCUCUACAAACACACCAAUCGCCCAAAGGCUCUAGAUAUGGUGGAAGGUUAUUCCAAACAUUAUGUAUAUCUUUUUAAUGAAAACUUUAUUCUGUUUGACAGUUUUGAAGAGAGUUACGAUGAUAGCAAGGAUAUGUUCGACGACCAGCUGAAUGCUAUGUUUUUGGAAACAAAUAUUUCCACAGAGGUGUAUUAUUUACAAAAUUUUCUCCCGAAUCAUCCUUUAUUUUGUAAUAUCGGUAGACUGGAGACUCUGAAAGCUGAGAAAUUCACGAGCUUUAAGGACGGAUAUUUUGAAAUUCUUCAUAAAGAGGUCAUCUUAUCCUUUUAUCUACCUAAUACGCGAUUUUCAAUCAGCGCGAAAGUUCCCAAACCGAAUUCAACUGUGGAAUUUUCAGAUAUAAAAAUUUUCUUGUGUAUUAAAAAAUUUGUUUUAAAUUGCUCCACCUUUCUAACCUCAUACGAAUCGAAUGAUUAUGAAAUCAUGAACAACAAGGUUUAUUUUAAAGAAAAUGUUUCUGUAAUUUUAGAUAGUGCUCAAUAUAAAAUUAUUGAUUCAAAGUUGUAUAUUUGUCACACGGAUACUAUUUAUUCGGAUGAUAACGGUAAGCUAGAUUUCAUCUUGACGGUAUUAUUCUUUUCAUUAUCACUAAUGUGCAUAUUACCCUCGAUUGUUCUGCAAAUUAUGGUGAGGGGCAUACAAACUUGCCCGGCGAAAUGUUUUCUUUCUUAUUCAAUAACUUGGUUUACAGCUCAGUUUAGCUUUAUCCUAGCUAUAUUCAUGCCGUCACAAGUUUGCUCAGCCUUUGCUUUAACAUUACACUAUUUGUGGCUUUGCAUAUUUUCUUGGUCAAGUGUUCUAGCUUUCGACUUAGUCAAAACAUUGAACGCAUGUACUAAAACUUUUAAGAGGGACUUUAAAAAUAAUAGCUUGUUUGUCAAGUAUUCUAUUGCCGGCUGGGGACUACCACUUCUCGUUGUCGUGGUAAGUAACGUAGUUGAUUAUGUCAGUCUGACGUCGUUUGAUUUGCAAUAUGGUAAUCAGAACAUCUGCUGGAUUGGUAAUGUGGAUGCUGUCCUCCUAACUUUCGUUUUACCGACUGGUACUUCGACAUUCUUCAAUGUGGUAUGCUUAGGUGUAUCUCUCCAUGGUUUGGAAAUUGCAAAACGAAAUUCCAAAUAUUUGCAGAAAACCAAAAAGGAUAAGCAGAGAUGGUUGAUGUUUCUACAGAUGUUCAUAAUGUGUGGAGGAUCAUGGGUACUGGCAUAUGCUGCAAGCAAUGUCCCUUUUGAGCUGCUAAAAGUAACAAAUAUUGUUUUGAAUGGAUGUCAGGGCAUUUAUAUAUUGAUUAUUACAACUAAGGACUCGAAAGUAAAACGAUGGCUUGCAGUACAGAUGAAACGACUCAGAACAAGGUCGACCACCAGUAGUGGUCCCCAGACCAAUAGUACCGAUAAUGUGAACAAUAUCAAAAAUACGAAAUUGUGAAUUACACAUGAUACAUUUACAGUUGUACAUACUUGUAUAUAUUUUUAUAGUUACGAUUUUAAUUGCGUUACUUGGGACGUUCUGUUGAAUCUAUGGAGAAAUAACUUAUUUUGUAAGUUACAUAAAAAAUCUUUGUUUGACAGAUAUAAGACGUGUUCCGUUUAAUAAAUAGCCUGGUCUCUUUUUUAAGACAAGCGUUUAAUUGUUGAUGCGAUUAAUUCAGAAUUUGCUGCUCGACAAUAAAUAUUUUAUAUGUAACCACUAUAGUAACAUAUUUUUACGAUUGUAGUUCACUUCAAUAUCAACAAUGCUGUUUUAAGAAUUGUGUAUAUACACUGUGCAUGUUUUUUUUUAUAUGUGAGAAUGACAAAAACCGUUUAAGGUUGCUUAAGAUUUUACUAUAUAUUGAAAAUUAUGCAGAGAGAGAGAGAGAGAGAGAGAGAGAGAGAGAGAGAGAGAGAGAGAGAGCUUUCCAUGUAAGAAUCUUUUGCAAAAAUAAAGAACUCUUUAUAUUUGAUCAAUAAUACAAUGAACUAGAAUGUCGACCACGAUCACUGGUGUAUUACCAAGCAUUGGUAUAUUAAUAUGAGAUUGAUAAGACAUCAAUCACAUGUAUGUAAAAAUAUUAUGUGAUCGGUUCGAUGACGUCAGUACCCAUUGUAUCAAAUUUAACACAGCUUGUUUUUGACAGAAUGGCUAUCAUAUAAUAAAAAAUAAUAAUGAAAAA